AUGGUGCUAAUGGCGAGACUCACUGACGAUGCCAGCGAAACGUCUGGGAAGGUACCACGUCCAUGGUCUGACUUUGGAAAUGAUCAUGCAUACAAUGCACUCUGCACUAGAUCACACACCUCUGGACCAUUAUCUUCUAGUCAAGUGGAAGCGCUGGGCCAUGACGGAGAAGCUCUGUUCAAUUUCGUUAUUUCGGCCAGUGAUCCAGCUAGCGUUGAGAGCCAGUUAACUCAGAGGCAGCAUUGCGCUCUGCAGGCUUAUCGGGAAUUGGCUAUCCGUCUUGCAGUAGACAAUGCAGUGCCCGAUAGAAAGGUCCAUUGA